ACCCCCCCCCAAACUCCACCUUCCGGGCGCGCGGCGCGGAGCCGGGCGGUGGGAAUGGAGCAAGCAGAUUGAGGCCGCCACUGCAGCGCCGCCAGCAUGAACUUGGCCGCGAGCUGAAGCGGAGGGCAGCGGGCGGGCGCGGGGGCACCGGCCGCUAGCCAGGGGGUGAUCUUCAAUCCGGCUGGGCCAUUCGGCGGGCGCCUGGGGAGAGGCUGCCUGUGCCGGUGGCUGCCCGCCCCUCCGACUCUGUCCUGGCUGCUGCUGGAGCUCCGCAACACGCCCUGUGUCUAGGUCAUUUGGAAAACGCCUUGGAGAGUCAAGAAUAAAAUUCCAGGUCAAACAAUGGAUGACUGGAAAAGUCGACUCAUACUCGAGAGCAUGCUGCCCCAUUUCAACAUGGCGGGAAAUCGUCAGGAGCCCAGAAGGCUCCAGGAAUCGGGAACCAGUAAAAGAAGACAGGAAGGAGACAACUUCCACUUUACUGGCAUGGCUGACGGGGGCUACCCUAAUAAAAUCAAGAGACCUUGCCUUGAAGAUGUCACCCUCUCUAUGGGCCCAGGUGCCCACCCGACUCUUUCUACAGAACUGCAGAUGCCCACAUUAACCAUGAAUCCUAGCUCUGCAGAUCUGGGUGUAGCUGGCCAGUCAUUACUUCUUGAGAAUAAUCCUCUGGACAACAAUGCUAUGAAUAGCAGUGCUAUGGGCUCACCAUUUGGGGUGUCGUCGACUGCAGACACAGGGCUGAAAGGGCAUGCUAUUCCUUAUUAUGAGAAAAACAACAAUAUGCCAGCUGUGGACCAGGAACUUCAAGAUCUGCUGGAGGAACUAACCAAAAUUCAAGAGCCUUCUUCAAAUGAUCUUGACCUUGAGAAGAUUCUGGGGAGCAAGCCAGAAGAGCCUGUGGUUGAACAUCACUCCCAGGCUCCCCUUGGCCCACCUGCCAAGCUUCCAGUUCAGAUGCCACAUAUGGAGAGCCUUGGGCCCAGCAAGGAGUAUGCGUCUAGCUGCAGUCAAGCCACUGACACAUCACUCCCAGUCUUGCCCUCCUCCACAGAGAUCAACUAUCCCAUUCCUCCCACCAGUAAGCAGAUAGCCUCACCCAGUUCUUCAACGGCACAGGCUCAGGUCAAAAACCAGGCCCAGACCAUGCUCCCUGUCACUUUGCCUCCGUUAUCUGUGCCUCAGUGGCAUCAUGCCCACCAGCUGAAAGCACUUGCGGCCAGCAAGCAGGGAUCUACUACAAAACACCACGGUUCCAACCGUAGUUGGUCCAAUCUGCCUACUCCAGGCCUCUCCCCACCUUACCUACGCGUCCCAUCACCUCAUCCACCACCAACACAGCCACCUCCACCACCACCAUUCAGCCCACAGAACUUCACAGCACCCUGCAUGUCAUCUAAUAGCUUGUCUGGGAGUGCUGCGCAAAGCUCGUCCAAUGCCUUACUCUCCAGCAUGGCCCCCAGCAGCAAUGCUGCCCUUGGGCCCACCUUGCCCUAUGCUCCAGCGAAGCUCCCAGCUCUGCCUCACAAUCAGAAGCCACAAUUCAGCCCCCAGAGCUCCAUUCUUGCCAAUCUGGUGUCCUCUUCUGUCAAAAGCCCCCAGGGACACCUAUUAUCUGCUGUGCCUACCAGCACCCCAGGACCAUCCCCACCCUACCGCCCCGAGAAUCUCUCCAGCCCCGGCUUGCCACAGCAGUCCUUCACUCCACAAUACUCUCUGAUCAAGAGCCUCACUCCCACCAGCAGUCUGCUUAGCCAGCAGCAACAGCAACAGCAGCAGCAGCAACAACAUCAACUUCAGCAUCAGCAUCAGCAGCAACAGCAAGCAAAUUCCAUCUUUAAGCCUAUGACCAGCAGCCAGCAAAGCAAAACCCUGAGCAUGAUCAUGCAGCAGGGCCUGGCAAGUUCCAGUCCAGAAGGACCUGAGCCCUUUAUCUUCAGCAACACCAAACCCUUGUCGCAUUUUGUUUCUGAGCCAAGCCCCCAGAAGAUGGCCUCCAUGCCUGCCUCCUCCAGGCAGUCAUCCCUGUUCCAUUACCUGCCUCAGGCAACACCAGCACAUGUUCCUUCUGCCACUGCCUCCUCUACUGCCACUGCCACCUUGCAACUCCAGCAGCAGCACCAUCAGCAGCAGCACCAACCUGACCAGUCUUCAUUCCUCCUGCAGCAGAUAAUGCAGCAACCCCAGCGCUUUCAGCGCAUGGUGGCCUCUGAUUCCAUGCCCGCUCUGCCUGGACAGCAAGAGAAGCAGAGAUCAGGUCCUAUGGCAAUGACCCCUAAACAGCGGAAUAUUUAUAUCGCCCAGCAGAUGACUCAACUUCAAGCAGUACAAGAACAACUCAUCUCCAAGUGUAUCCAGACGUAUGUGAGACCCCCAUUCAACCAGCAUAUGAUGCCACCCAAAACUGAGCUCCUCCAGGACAAUCUGAUUCCAAGACUAUUACCACCCUUUAGUCACAUAGGUGUUUGCUCAUCAGCUCUGAAGAAACAGCAAGUCAACAUCGGCUUCCCAUUUCCCAUCUCCUCAGGCUUGGGUCAGGAUCCCCUGAAUAGUCUUGGCUCUGUGUGUCCCAAAGCCAAGGCCAUGCCCCCAGAAGUGCCCCUGCCCAAGUUCUGUGUCAACCACCUGGGUAGCCAAUCCUUUACUUCCCACCAACUCAGCCUCCCUAGUGUGCCAAUGAUGUCUCUAGUGUUUAGUAAUGCAGUCUGGGCAGUGGCAGCUGCAGCUGUAGCCACACCAGUUUCAAAGAAAUCACCCCUGAGCCAAGUAGAUAUUUGCAUGCUGCAGUGUUGUGAUAGUAGCACCAUCCUCUUUGCCAAGGCACCCAUAAGUGUACCCCCAACAGCUCGAGCAUUUCCAUCUCAGCGGAUUGUGGUCCAGGCCAAUCAGAUAGCCCCAGGAGUCAGGCCUGGCCAGAAGGUGCCUGCGGCUCUGGUUGGCCCCAGAUUCAGCUUAUUGAGCAAUCCGAGCCUUGUGCAGAGCCCAGCACAGGGGCCAGUGCCUGUACUGAGCACCACGCCCCUCCAGCAGAGCAUGGCCAGCUGCUCUCCCUUGAGUCCCGUUCAGGGACUAGAGCCGCCAAGCUAUGUAGCUGCUAUUGCUGCCACCAGCCAAUCCCCAGGUACCUUGAUGAGAGCUAGCACAUCCCCUGAGCCACAGGACAAUGUCUUGCCUCAGGCCCAGUCCCCAUCCAAUGGACUGAUCUCACCAUCAUCUGCAGGCAGUGAGGUGAAUUUCGUGGAAGAACUUUUAGAAGGCUCCAGUGUGGCCCCAGAUAAAGACUUGUGCAACUUGAGGCUGAUAGAUGACAUUCUGCAACAGCGUGCUGCUGCCCCAAAUGCCACAGCACAGAAUGCUGAACAAGUCACCCAGGGUGCCAAGGAGCUAUAAAUCAAAGCAGGGUGCCCCAGAAAGCCCCAUGCUCUCACUCAAAGGUGUUGCCUGAAUCUGCAGCCCAUGUGAAACUGGCCCUAGACACCCACAGUAGGCUCCCAGUUCCACUCUGAAUCCUGUCAACCCUGCCCAUCCCCCUGUCAACCUGAUGAAGAAAAAGCAGGUGAUUUUUCAAGCUACUUGUACAUAUUUGAAAAUUUUGUAAAUGGUUUUCCUAAUCAUAAAUGACAGAAGUAUUUAUACUUGGUUUUGUGGCUUUGUAAAUAAAGUGGCGGCUUUGGUUGCAAUAGAAUUGUGUUUAUUAUACAUUGUUCCAAACAUGCAGACUGUGUUGUUCACUCCAGUGAUACCUUGUUAAACCAGGUGGCUGAGUCACUGAGGUUUUCAUGCCACAAGAGAUGUGGAUGUGACCAAGAGGUGUUGUUGUGCAAACUGACAAAUGCCAAAUAGAAGCCACUUGGUCAUUAAUUUCCACUCCAUUACAAUCUGUGCUACCCCGUGUGACUAUCCUAUCUCUCGCAAGCCUUUAAGUCUCAGCUAGUUCUUUCCUAAUGAGAAUUUACAGCAAAAGUCGUGGUAUGAGUAAGUGGCUCACAGAGACACUCAUGGAAGGCCAAGAGCAUCCUUUAGGGUUGGUUGGGAGAGGUGCAGAAAUAGCCUUUGAGCUGAGUUUGUGACCUGGCCACCUCAAGGAACUAGAGCGUUCCCUUCCCUUUGUCACCUGUGGUGACCUUCAGACGCAGAGAAAGCCCCAGCUUUAGAAAGCUUUAGUGUGCCAUCACAGAGUGAUGCUUUAAAAUCUGCUUUAAACCAUUUGACAUUCAUUUCUAUAGAAACCUCUGUAGUUUUGGGGGGAAAGUCUGGAAACAUUAAUAGUUGAUUUGGGGUUUGUCGUUAAUGGCUUCUAUUUGCAAUUCUCAUCAUGUAUAUUUAAGCGUCAGUUAGAGAAACUCCACAGCCACUGUCCUGUAAACUUUUCGCAGUGUCCAGAUCUUGUGUAAUCACAUUUUAAUUGCCACCUUGUAUUUUGAUUCUACAAUUGAAAUCUGGCAUCUGUUUCAGGCCAGUGCAUUUUUGUUGUUGUUGUUGUUGUUGUUGUUGUUGUUGUUGUUAUUUUGUUGUUCCCCCUUUGUUCUGUAAUAAACAGCCAGGAGAAAAGUG